UGAUCUCUGCGCUCGUUCAUGAGCAUGUAAACACCUGACCACUGCAGGGCACUGAUCCCGCUGAUUUUCCUCACAGAAAACCAAACUCCCGUAAAAAAAAAAAAACUCGCAGCUGAUUGUACAACUGUGUUUCCUCUGAGCAGGAUGGCGGAUGAGGAGCUGUUUGUCUCAGAGGAGCAGGCGGAGCAGCGCGGCCCGCUGCGGGACUUCAGGCGACUGACUCGGCUGUACUGCAUGAAUGGCGGACAUCACCUCCAGAUCCUCCCCGAUGGGACGGUGCAGGGCCAGAGGGAUGAAGAGGACGUUCACACUGUUUUGAAGCUCAAAGCUGUGGACAGAGGUGUCGUGGUCAUCCAGGGAACAGAAGCAGGGCGAUAUUUGGCCAUGAGCGACGAGGGGCGAUUGUACAGUUCACCUACAGUGACAGAUGAAUGUAACUUCCUGGAGAAGUUGGAGGAGAAUCACUACAACACGUACAUGCCUCAGAAAUAUCAGGAGAGGAACUGGUACGUAGCACUGAAAAAGAACGGAAAACCUAAACCGGGUCCAAGAACUCACAUCGGACAGAAGGCCAUCUUCUUUCUGCCCCGACAGCUGAGCGACCCCGCGGAAUGAAGACACGAUACACUGUUUCUUCUAACACACCAGUUUAGUUUAUGAACUGGUGGAUGAGGUUCUGGCUCGGUGAAGAUAAAAAAGUAGGCGGGGUGCAAAGUGUUUUAAUGUGUAUCUAAAGCAUAAAUAUUAGGGCAAAGACCAGCUUGUAUCAGAGCUGAAACACUGUGCAUGUCAUCAUCUCUCUGUCCACUAACACAACAUCCAGUUUUAUUUGGUCGCAGGUCUUCUUACUGCAAAACAACAAAACAAUAUCAUUAAGUGAGGAUCAAGCAGCACUGUGUUACUGAUUUACUCUGAAUAAGUGGAUAUUAGACUGACUGAGUGAUGAGAAGAAAAUAUUCUAUAAUGUACACGACCACUCAAAAGUUUGGGGUCACUUAGACAAUGUCUGUUGUUUUCCAUAAAAAACUAACGUUUUAUUCAUGAAAUUAGUUUAAAAUUGAAUCGAAAAUAUAGUAAAGACAUUGAUAAGGAUAGAAAUAAUAAUUUUAACCUCUACAAAUCUCCAACUUUACCUCUAGAUACUCAACUAGCCUGAGGAAGGAUCAUUUUAUUGCUUCUCAGAUCAGCGCAAAACUUCUGUGUUAACAUCUUGCUCAGGUGUUUUAAUGAUCAAUCAGUCUUUCAACAUGAUAAAUGUGGAUUAAAAAAUGUGCCACUGGAACACAGGAGUGAUGGUAGCUGACAAUAUGAUAGAUAUUUCAUAAGAAAAGCCGUUUCCAGCUUUAAUAGUCAUUUACCACAUUAACAGACUGUAUGUCUAUUAAUUUAAUUUUAAAAAGUUGAAAAUAAGGACAUUUUAAGUGUCCCCAAACUUUUGAGAGGUAGUGUAUAUUAUUUUAAUAUUUAAAAAAAUAGUAUAGUAUUAUUGUAAGACUGGGUGACAUCACAGUAUAUCAAAAAUAUAUAAAAUGUCUAUAUGUCUAUAUUUAUUUUUCUAUAUAGCUUCUAUGUCAGUAACCAAACUGCUUUACAGCAAUAUUAACAUCAUUUGUAUAACUCUUUAUGAUUUGAUCCUUCUGGGAGGUUGCAUUUAUGGAGUAUACAAAACUAGGCUUUAAUAUGGUUAUUUCAUGUACUCUAUAUUUAUUGAAUAACCAGAAUACAUGCUAGAUCAUGAUAUACAUUAUUUUAGCUAUAUUGCCUUGCCCUAAUAAGGUAGAACAUUUUUAGUUACAUAAAUUGUUAAUUAUGUUAAAAAUUGUCUCCCGAGGCAGAAACGGGCAACUCAUGUUUCAUUAAAACGUCCCAUUUCCUCACUGCACUUACUUGAAUGAAAAAUUACAUCAUGGAUGGAAAAUGUUGGUGUGCUCUGAAUCAUUUUGUUUGGAACUUUUAUUUAAUGUAAUCUUGCAUUUGGUAGAUUAGAAGAGAAAAUGUCAAUUAACAGCUUUAAAACAGCCAUUGAACCACUGGUUCUUCUCUGUAUAUCAGUGGUUUUCCUUAAUACGCUCCCUGAUCAGAUAAACUCAAGCACCCCUUCAUCAACACCACACAUCAGGUUCAUAAUGUGUUCAUUUCAAUUUAUCAUUAACUGGGUAUUAUUUACCACUAUUCUCAAUGUUUAUUCAUACUGUUUUACAUACAUCCAAUUCAGUAAAACUGUAAUUUGGUCAAGUUUGCAUUUGUACUACCAGUGGCAGAAGCUGAACAUUUAGCUCUUUCAACUAUUUAACCAUUACUUUUAGCUAACUAUUGCAAUAUUCAUCACUUUAUUAAAAUAGGCAACAUUUGAACUGUAUUUUAAUUAUUUUUAAUUGUGUUUCGAUCUCUCUGCUCAUCUGCUGAAUUAUUUUUUUGCUAGUGGUGGAAUGGAAAGUAUAUUUAUUCAAGUACUUAAGUACAAAUUUACUGUUACAUGUACUUUACUUGCAUAUUUCUAUUUCAUGUAACUUUAUGCUUCUACUCAACUACAUUUUGAGGCAAAUAUUGUACUUUUAAUCCACUAUAUCUAGCUGCCAGCAUUAUCUACUUUUCAGGUCAAGAUUCAUCAUAAAAAAACAUGAUAAAUGUAAAGUGAUAAGACUUUUUAAAAUUAUUUUUUUUAGUUAUAGCUCAUAACAGGGUAUUAAGUAGUUAAAAUGAUCCCUAUCCGGACAACUGUCAAAUGCUGCUCACAUAAAUGCAUCAAAAAUAAUAAUCCAAUAAUAUUUUUAUAAUAUGUAUAAGUGGGAUCAUUCUGCAUAACAAAUACUUUUACUUUUGAUACUUUAAGAACAUUUUAAUGCUGAUACUUUUGUAUUUUUAUUUAGGAAAGUUUUGAAUGCAGGACAUACUACUUACUUUACUUUAAGGAGUAAUUUCACUGGGUGGUAUUAGUACUUUUACUAAAGUAAGGGAUCUGAACACUUUUCCACCACUGCUUUUUACACACUCUCAAGUGCAACAUAUUAAAGUUACAAGUGACUCAAUAUAUUUACAAUAUAUAUUUGUUAUUCUACUUUUAAUCAAGUAGUUUUUUUUUGUUGUUUCAAAUUAAUUUAGCUGCACCACAAUAUUGCCACAUGCCCCCUGGUAACUGCAGAAGUUAACCCUAGAGUACAAGUUCUCCUGGUUGGGAAUCUCUGGUGUAAAAAGGUGUUAUAAGAGUUAACAGUUACAGUUUUCUGCCACUUAGUGCCAUCAAUGUGUGAAAUCACCCAGAGCACCAUUAAACAGGCAUAAACGCUGUCAUUCUGUUGCAACACAUUUGAACUUUCAUGCCUUUUUUUUUUACCACCAUAACACUGACCUGUAAAUAAUACAUAACCUUGUAUAUAACACAAUCCAGACGACUCAAAAAGAUGCAUUAAAAGUGACAUUUAUUUAACACUAAACUUUUUCUGUACAGUUUCAUAACAACAAAACCCCAAGGCUGCAGCUCUACAUCACAUAGAAAGAAGCGUAAUGGGUCUGUAUCAAAGCCAUGGCAGAAGUUUGAAGUGAACUGAUUUUA